AUGGCAUGCCUGAAGCAAAAGUAUUGCAUCAUCCAAAGGAUCGCUUACGGGCGGGGCGGUUUCUUGACUGAGGUUGCCGUCGUUGUUGGGUUACAAGAUAUUUUUAUUAGGUCAUCUCCAGCAUUCCUUUUCCACAGAAGGAAUGCUUUCAUUGUUAAUAGAUCCUUCACAAAUCAAAUGGAGCUCUCUUUCUUCUGCUUCCUUCUUCUCUUCUCCACCACUACGUUUCUCAAUGUGGAUGCAUCUUUUACUGGAACAUACGGAGUAAACUAUGGCAGGAUCGCUGACAAUAUACCUUCGCCUCACAGCGUGGUGACGCUUCUCAAAGCGGCAAAGAUAAAAAACGUCAGGAUAUAUGACGCUGAUCACGAAGUCCUCACCGCCUUCAAGGGAUCGGGAAUUGAAAUAAUUGUAGGGCUUGGAAAUCAGUUCCUGAAAGAUAUCAGCGUGAACGAGGAUCGCGCCACGGAUUGGAUAAAAGAAAAUGUACAGCCAUACAUUCCGGGAACGCGCAUUGCUGGAAUAGCAGUGGGGAAUGAGAUAUUGGGGGGAACUGAUAUAGAACUCUCGGAGGUCUUAUUGCCUUCCGUGAAGAACGUUUACAAUGCGCUUACCAGGCUUAAUCUGGCGACCUCCAUUCAGGUCUCGAGUCCACAUUCGGAGGCUGUGUUCGCGAAUUCCUACCCGCCAUCUGCCUGCAUUUUCAAGGAAGAUGUUGCUCAAUUCAUGAACCCGCUUUUGGAAUUUUUCUCACAGAUUAAUUCCCCUUUUUACAUAAAUGCAUAUCCAUUUCUGGCAUAUAAGAGCGACCCUGAGCACAUUGACCUCAACUAUGCUCUCUUCAAGAAAAAUGCUGGGAUUCAUGAUACAAAAACCAACCUACAUUACGACAACAUGUUUGACGCAAUGGUUGAUGCGGCGUAUUUUGCUCUGGAGAAGGCUGGAUUUGACAAGACAGAGGUCAUAGUUUCCGAAACUGGUUGGGCGUCUCGCGGGGACGAAAGUGAAGCAGGAGCCAAUGCCCAAAAUGCCAGGACGUACAACUACAACUUGCGCAAACGGCUGUUGAAGAAGAAGGGGACGCCACAUAGGCCAAAGAUGGUUGUGAGAGCUUACAUUUUUGCUUUGUUCAAUGAGAAUUUGAAGCCAGGGCCGACGUCUGAGAGGAACUUUGGAUUGUUCAAAGCUGAUGGGAGCAUUUCAUAUAACAUUGGCUUCACUGGACUUGUUGGACCUUCUGCAGCAUCAUCAUCUCUUCUUAACUACAAGGUUUUCACAAGUUGUGCAGCUCUUCUGCUUCUAUUGUUAACUUCAUAAUUAGUCUUUUAGGGUUCUUCGAUUAACACAUAAUUAAUGUUGUAACAUGAUGUCCAUGUAUAGCCAAUUCCAUUAUUUUUACGUUAU